AGGGAAGCAACCGCUGUGUGCUUUGCCAAUUAGCUGAAUAUUUUUUGUUUGUAUCUUAAUCGUACGAAAAACAUGUAUAUUAAGAUAGUUUGCAUAAGUUUUAUGCUUAUAUUUUUGCAACAUAUGGCAAGAUUGAUAUACUUGAUGGGCUAUCAUAAGAGUGUCUAUAACCACACCCCAGGUCCAUGCCAUCAAAUACCAGGUGUAGAACAUGGUUCAGAGGAUAUGGAAACUUUACCAGAUGGGACAACAUUUAUUACAGCAGGUCUUGUUUGGUCAGUUUCUUCUUCACAUUUCAAACAAUUGUACAAAGAUCAAGGGAGAAAAGGGAGAAUACUCUUGUUUAACUUUAACACACCAGAGAAAGGAGUUACAGAACUUGCAAUCAGUGAGGAUUUUGACCAGUCAACAUUUCAUCCACAUGGUAUCAGUGUGAUACAGAAUGAGGACACAGGAAAGAUAACUCUAUUUGUUGUGAAUCAUUGCCCAGAAGAAGAUAGAAUAGAGAAGUUUGAGUUUAACAAGGAGAAGAUGAUGUUAGAACAUAAGAUGUCAUACAUAGAUGAAGCUAUCAACUUAGCAAAUGAUGUAGCUGCCACUAGUGAGAACAGUUUCUACUUCACAAACUACUGUUAUUUCCGGUCACCAUUAAGUUUUUUGUUUGAGGUAUAUUUACUGUUUCCGUGGGGAAGCGUUGUGUAUUUUGAUGGCACUAACUACGCGGAGGUUGCCGAUAGUAUGAUAAUGCCUAACGGAAUAUACCUAUCUCGUGACAGGAAAUAUGUGUAUGUAGCUGCCGGUCUGGCCGACUCUAUAAAUAUAUUUGAGAGAGAGGCAAAUAAUAACUUGGAACUUGUGCAGGAUUUUUUUCUACAUGCAAGUGCAGACAAUAUUUUAAUAGAGCCAAAGACUGGAAACCUGCUAACUGCUAUCCAUCCGAUCUUGCACGAGACCGCUGCCCAUUUAGAAGCACCGGAUCUACACCGGGCACCAACCAAGGUGUUAAUGAUUCAUAUGAAGAACAGCAGCUAUGCAAAUGAUAUUACGGAACUUUACUCGGACGAAGGAAACAACAUAUCAGCCGGCUCGGUAGCCUCUAUAUAUGAUAACAAAAUGCUCAUUGGUUCAGUGCAGGAUAAACUUUUAUAUUGUGAAGUUAGAACUUUGUAAAUGGAUAUUUUUUUUAGGAUUCGUAUUUUCUAUACAACAGGAAUGAUUAAUAUGUGCAUUCAGCUGUGAAUGCAGGAAGAGCUUGUCCGCCUUAAUGAUUCAUAUGCAGAUAGAUAAGGUUUUAUGUUUACCCUUGACUGUUUAUCAAGUAUGAAAACUAUUCCAGUGCCCCAUAGGCUCAUGUUUGUUUUGUCUAUCAGUCCAUCCAUGUUACAUGUAAGAGUCAGCUCCAUAACUUUUGAACUACUGAAAAGUUAUUAAAAUAUCAUGGCAUAAAUGAUCAAAAUUAUGAGAUGACCUGCUUGAUCUUAGGUCAAGGUCAUCUUAAAAGGUCAGUCAAGGGUUGAGAAAUCUUCUGCUGCAGGGUAUACAGCUGUCUUUCAGACGGCCUUGUUUAAAAUCCAAUUGUUGCACUUGAGAUUUUUAGAUAUGGGGUAAGUGGUUCUUUAAAAAAUUAACAACCUUCAAGUCAUUUUUAGCUCAUUUUUUUUUUAGAAAAACAGAAGACCAUGUAAUUUUUGCAUGAAAAAAGCAAGCUAUUAUGAUAAUUGUCCUGUUGUCAUUAUGGUCAUCACCCUGCAAAAACUUUAAUGCAGCCAAUUAGUCAAUCAUUUUAAAAGGAAUCUACACAAAACUUGGAAUACCUGCUUUUCAUGACAAAGUGAAGUUGUAAGACAAGGGGCAUAAUUCUGAAAGAUAUAUUUUGAAAGUUAUGCCUUUUUUGGUCCAAAAUUGGUUUUGUUAACAAACUUGCAUUAACAUAGCAUUCUGUGUUCUUGUUUAGGUAGAAAUGAAAAAUGUACUUAACAUUCUGCCACUUACCAUGACAUUUAACUAACAUUAUGACAGCAAAUCUAUUAUAUUCUGACAAAUGAAACUUUACAUAUUUAGUUAUUACAUUGUUUCAUGUGAAUAGUUUAAUUUUAACUGGGAAACCAUUGUUUUUCUCGGUAAUUUUUCUGAGGAAAUUAAGUUGAUUUUGAAUGAUCAAGAAUAAUUUUCUGAAUUUCACACCAAGUGUUGGCCAAAUUGUUA